AUGACGGAACCUCGCGGAAUGUUCAGCCACAGCGACUACACUGUCGGCUGGAUUUGCGCUUUACCAGAAUCUGAGCUAGUAGCGGCUAUGGCUAUGUUAGACGAAAAGCAUCCAGUCCUUCCGGCAAUUGAUCCCCAUGACUCAAAUUCAUACGUUCUUGGAACAAUCGGCGACCACAAUGUUGUAAUCGCGUGCUUGCCAGCAGAAACAACGGGCAAGGUGUCUGCCGCUACUGUUGCUAAAGACAUGAUUCGCAGCUUUCCAGCUGUUAGAUUUGGGCUUAUGGUCGGGGUUGGGGGAGGGGUACCAUACUUUAACGCUGGAGGAAGUGAUCACCGAACGGAAGCCAAAGAAGGGGGAGAUUCCGAAGACUCAGACGAGUCAGAUGAUGACCCAGCAGACACACGGGAUAUACGACUGGGUGACGUGGCGAUAAGCCUCCACUCCAAGUCCUCAGAUGCUGUUGUGCAGUACGAUUUUGGGAAAUCGUUGCAGGAAAAAAGGUUCAUACUUAGCGGCGGCAAAUUAAACAAGCCUCCAAGUAUUCUUCUAGGUGCCGUUGCUCUCCUCCAAGCACAGCAUCGGAUGGAAGGCCAUCAGAUUCUGAAGACACUAUCGAAUAUUAUGUCGACAUAUCCGGCGCUCGCGACAAAGUUCCAGCAUCCAGGACCCCAGAAGGACUACCUAUUCAAGGCAGAAUUUAUUCACGAGACAGGCAAGAAGACGUGCAAGCGUUGCCGCAGUCAGGACAGUAACCUUGUAAAAAGGGAUUACCGGUCUGAUAACUCUCCACGAUUACAUUAUGGGACCAUCGGGUCAGCGGACCAAGUGAUGAAGGACGCCCUUUUGAGAGAUAAGUGGGCACGGGAGGAAGGCAUUAUCUGCUUUGAAAUGGAAGCUGCUGGACUUAUGGACUCAUUUCCCUGUCUUGUCAUCCGAGGCAUUUGCGAUUAUGCUGAUUCCCAUAAGAAUAAAAUCUGGCAGCCGUACGCUGCGGCGACAGCGGCAUGCUAUGCAAAAGAACUCCUUCAUGUUAUCUCAGGGCAGGGUGUGAUGAUUAUGGAUCCUAUUAAGCAAAUCAAGAAAUCUGUGAGAGAAGUCUAUUCCAUUGUCAAAGACACAAGUGCCGCAGUACAGGACCUCAGCAUGAGAAGCAGACAGCGCAAAGUCCUCGACAAGCUGCCCUAUGUAGAAGGCUCGAGCUUUGAUGCGUCAGAUGCUGAGCACGAAGCAAGAUGCCAUCCUGAAACGCGGAUUGAUUUGCUUAACCAGAUUCUUGAGUGGGCGGAUAAUCAGAGGGGAGAAUGUAUUUUCUGGUUGAAUGGUAUGGCCGGAACCGGCAAGUCCACCAUUUCUCGGACAAUCGCUCAGCGCUUUUGGAAAAAGAAGCAACUUGGUGCCAGCUUCUUCUUUAAACGUGGAGAAGGUCAACGUGCUAGCGCCAAGAGGCUCUUCACCACUAUUUGCGCACAACUCUUGCUUCAAGACCCCACCUUAAUCCGCUAUGUUGAAUUGACUAUUGAUAAAGACCCUUAUAUAUCAGGGAAAUCAUUGAAGGAGCAAUUCACCAAGCUACUCCUUGAGCCAAUUCUCAGCCUGGACGGGGGUGAGUGCACAAAUGUUGUCAUUUUGAUCGAUGCGUUAGAUGAAUGCGAUAAUAAAGAUGACAUCCGAACUGUACUUCAGCUUUUGCCGGAUGUGCAGAAGUGCAAAUCACGCAAUAUCCGAGUAUUCAUUACAAGCCGUCCUGAAUUGCCGAUUCGCCCUGUCUUUGAGCAAACCAACAAUUAUCGAUGUCUAGCCCUCCACAAUCUAUCCGAGACCGUGGUUGGAGAAGACAUUCGAAUUUUCAUUAACGACGAAUUCUCGCUGAUAAAAGAACGUCGAAAGAUCCUCGGUCAAUGGCCGGGAGAUGAUGUUCUUGAAACUCUAGUCAGGAGAGCAGUUCCAUUGUUCAUUUCCGCAUUUACCAUGUGUCGAUUUGUGGAUGACUCAAAUUGGCUUCCUGAAGAUCGUCUUUUGAUGCUUCUUGAAAAUCCAGCAGCAACUUCAGGCUCUUUAAUGGACAGGACAUACUUGCCUGUCUUACAGCAACUCCUGUCGGGUGCAAUUGACCAUGAGAAAAAGCAACUGGAGCAAGAAUUUCAGGAUACAGUUGGGGUUAUUAUCCUUCUUGCUAGCCCACUUUCAGUAAGGGCUCUUGCGCAGCUGACAGGGAUACGUGAGAGGAUAAUUGCUACUCGACUACAAAGAUUUCAUUCAGUUCUUCGUAUACCAGCAAACCCUGAGGAACCAGUCCGUAUCCUGCAUCUAUCAUUUCGAGAUUACCUCGUGACAACAACAGAGAAGAGUUUUUUUGUUGAUGAGCAAGAGACACACAUGAAGAUAGCAUCAAAUUGCUUCCGAAUCAUGGAGACCCAUCUUCAACGCAAUAUUUGCGGGCUAACCAGUUAUGGAACAGGAUUUAAAGACAUAGAUCCUCAGGCUAUCAGCCAUCAUCUCACAGAUGACCUGAAAUACUCCUGUCGGUACUGGGUGUAUCAUGUUCUUGCAAGCGACACUUUGGAUGAUUUUGAGGUGCUAUCUUUUCUUCAGAAACAUCUUUUGCACUGGUUGGAGGCUUUGAGCUUGAUGAGGAAUACGCCUGAAGCAUUGAGACUCAUUAGAGAUCUGCAGUCAGAAGUAUUGGUAGGACUUCGUCAUGACCUCGUGGGCUUCCUUCAGCACGCGGAAAAGUUCGUUCUCAGUGUCAUUCACAUCGCUGACAUUGCUCCACUUCAAAUAUACUGUUCGGGCCUUCAAUUUUUACCCUCAGCCAACGUUAUCCGUCAGUGUUUCAGGCACGAAAUCUAUGAUCAAAUUCAAAUUCAAUCUGAGAUUGAAGAGGCAUCCUCAUUGACGCUUCAGACUCUAAAUCUCACGGACCACGUCAAUAGUGCUAUCUUUUCCCAUGAUUCUGAACUGCUUGCCGCAGCUCUGAAAGACGAUACUAUUCAAGUCUGGAACUCCAACAGAGGAGAACACCUUAAGCUACUCAUCGGUCAUCAAGAUUCAGUCCAAUCUAUUGCCUUCUGCAAAGAUUCCAGAUUCCUUGCCUCAUGUUCACAGGAUCACACCAUCAGAGUUUGGGACAUUGAAACUGGUGAGAACAUCAUAACAUGUAAGGAACAUAUCAAUGCUAUUUAUAAUAUUGCUUUCUCUAGUGACUUUCAAUUGCUUGCUUCCGGCUCGGCUGAUCGUUCUAUCAAGAUCUGGAGUACUUGUGACUGGAAAUGCCAGCGAACACUUGAGGGACAUAAAGGUUCAGUUCUCUCUGUUGCUUUCUCUGGUAAUUCAUUUUGGCUUGCUUCUGCUUCACGAGAUCGUGAGGUCAGAAUUUGGGAGACCUGCAACUGGAACUGUGUCAAGACACUUAAGCAUGGUGGUGAAGUUACCUCGGUAACGUUUUCUCAUGAUUCAUCGUGGCUUGCUUCUGCUUCUGUCGAUCGCAAAAUCAAAAUCUGGGAUACUAGCAACUGGGAAUGCUUAGCAACACUCGGAGAGCAUAGGGAAAGAGUCACCUCUGUGAACUUCUCCCAUGACGCUACUCGGCUUGCUUCAGCUUCAGGGGAUCAGUUUGUCAUAAUCUGGAACACCAGCACCUGGCAAUGUUCACGGAAAUUUCGAGGUCAUGGUGGUUGGGUUGAAUCAGUCGUUUUCUCUCACGAUUCAAAACGAUUGGCUUCAGCCUCCCUUGAUCAUACUGUUAGGGUUUGGGAUGCAACUCAUGCGUCAAUCGAACAGAUCUCAGAGAAUCAUGAUAGUUAUGUCGAAGCAGUCACAUUUCCCACCCACGAAAAACUUAUUGCUUCUGCUUCAGGAGAUUCUACUAUAAAGAUCUGGGAUGCCAGCAACGGUGCUCUUCUCCGGACACUUGAAGGUCACAAAGAUCCUGUUCUUUCAGUUGACUUUUCGCAUGAUUUUACUUUGCUGGCUUCCGGAUCAGCAGAUUGUGCUGUGAAGAUCUGGGAUACUAGUACUGGGAAAUGUCUAUGCAUGCUUGAAAAUUAUCAUGGUCACAGUGUUGUUGCAGUCAGCUUCUCUCAUGAUUCUCAAAUGCUUGCAUCAGCCUCACUCGAUCAAACAAUAAAUAUCUUGAAACGAGCAGGUGAUAAAAAUGUGAAGCGCCUCGGAAACCACGAAAGAGGGGUCUGUGCAAUUGCCUUUUCUCCCAACUCGGAGUAUUUUUCAUCUGCAUCCGCAGAUGGGUCAGUCAUUAUCUGGAGGACCAGCGAUUGGACUCUUCUACACAGGCUGGAAGACCAUAAGGCUUUGGUUAGCUCACUUACCUUUUCGCACGAUUCGAUAUUCCUCGCCUCAGCCGAUGAAAAGGGUACUGUCAUAGUUUGGGAUGCCACCAAGGGGGAACAGCAUCAUAUCAGAAAGAUGGAGAAAGAGACACGGCUUGGAAUUCUUGACAUGCAAACUUCUUGUCUGAGAACCACUAGAGGCGUCAUUGAUCUGUCUCUUUGCUCGGGAGAUGAGCAGUGCACCCGAUUUGAGUUACGAGAGGGCGGCCUAAGUCCAGACCGUCAGUGGGUUACCUGGAACUCGGAAAAUAAACUUUGGCUACCACCAGAGUACCGUCCGAGUGCCUGGAGGGGCAAUGCGUGCGCGAUAUCAGAGUCAAAAAUGGUUCUUGGUUCUGAUUCUGGACAGGUACUACUGCUUGCCUUCACAUCAGAAGAUCAUAGCAUGUUAUAGCCUGAAUUGAUCCAUUGAUGUGAAAGCUUCAGAGUGAUUCUCA